AUGAACUUCCUGCGGCGCCGGCUGUCGGACAGCAGCUUCAUCGCCAACCUGCCCAAUGGCUACAUGACCGACCUGCAGCGGCCCGAGCCCCAGCAGCCGCCGCCGCCGCCGCCCCCCGGCUCGGGCGCCGCCCCGGCCUCGUCGGCAGCCCCGGCCGCGUCGCCCGGCCCCGAGCGGAGGCCGCCGCCCGCGCCGCAGCCCGCGCCCCAGCCCGCCGCGGCGCCGUCGGUGGGCAGCAGCUUCUUCAGCUCGCUGUCCCAAGCCGUGAAGCAGACGGCCGCCUCGGCGGGCCUGGUGGAGGCGCCCGCGCCCGCCGCCGCCCGGAAGGCCAAGGUGCUGCUGGUCGUCGACGAGCCGCACGCCGACUGGGCCAAGUGCUUUCGGGGCAGAAAAGUCCUUGGAGAUUAUGAUAUCAAAGUGGAACAGGCAGAAUUUUCAGAGCUCAACCUGGUGGCCCAUGCAGAUGGGACCUAUGCUGUGGAUAUGCAGGUACUCCGGAAUGGCACGAAGGUGGUCCGGUCCUUCCGGCCAGACUUUGUGCUCAUCCGGCAGCAUGCAUUUGGCAUGGCGGAGAAUGAAGACUUUCGCCAUCUGAUCAUCGGCAUGCAGUAUGCAGGCCUCCCCAGCAUCAACUCGCUGGAAUCCAUUUACAACUUCUGUGACAAACCAUGGGUGUUUGCCCAGAUGGUGGCCAUUUACAAGACACUGGGAGGAGAAAAGUUCCCACUCAUUGAGCAGACUUACUAUCCCAACCACAAAGAGAUGCUGACACUGCCUACAUUCCCUGUGGUGGUGAAGAUUGGCCACGCUCACUCGGGGAUGGGCAAGGUCAAAGUGGAAAACCACUACGAUUUCCAAGACAUUGCUAGUGUGGUGGCCCUCACCCAGACCUACGCCACAGCAGAGCCUUUCAUUGACUCCAAGUAUGACAUCCGGGUCCAGAAGAUAGGCAACAACUACAAGGCUUACAUGAGGACAUCCAUCUCAGGGAACUGGAAAACAAACACAGGAUCUGCAAUGCUGGAGCAAAUUGCCAUGUCAGACAGGUACAAGCUCUGGGUGGACACCUGCUCUGAGAUGUUUGGUGGCCUGGACAUCUGUGCUGUCAAAGCUGUACAUGGCAAAGAUGGGAAAGACUACAUUUUUGAGGUCAUGGAUUGCAGUAUGCCACUGAUUGGCGAACACCAAGUGGAAGACAGACAACUCAUCACAGAACUAGUCAUCAGCAAGAUGAACCAGCUGCUGUCCAGGACCCUUGCCCUGUCUCCUCAGAGACCCUUAACCACCCAGCAGCCACAGAGCGGAACUCUUAAGGACCCGGACUCCAGCAAGACCCCACCUCAGCGGCCACCCCCCCAAGGGGGCCCUGGGCAACCCCAAGGAAUGCAACCCCCAGGCAAGGUGCUGCCUCCACGCCGGCUCCCCCCUGGACCAUCACUGCCACCUUCCUCCUCCUCUUCCUCCUCUUCCUCCUCCUCUCCGGCUCCUCCUCGGCCAGGCGGCCCCACCACCCACGGAGAUGCACCCUCCAGCAGCAACUCCCUGGCAGAGGCCCAGCCACCCCCGGCCGCGCCACCACAGAAGCCCCAGCCUCACCCACAGCUCAACAAGUCGCAGUCCCUGACAAAUGCCUUCAGCUUCUCUGAGUCCUCCUUCUUCCGGUCUUCAGCCAAUGAGGAUGAGGCCAAAGCGGAGACCAUCCGGAGCUUGAGGAAGUCUUUUGCCAGCCUCUUUUCAGAUUAGCCCUCAGACACGCGGGGGCACCCCGCUCAACAAGGAAAGGCAUCAAAGGCAUUUGCCAGCAGUCAGCCACUUGGUAGAUGUCCCGUGACCGUGAUGUGUGUGGCCCCUUCCUCUGCUCCAUCGUGCUCAGUGAUGUCGUGCAGCUCAGAAAGGACCACAUGACUGUCUCAGGGCAGGUGCCCAGCCAGCAAGAGGCACCUGACAUCAGAGAGGAAAAAGCAGCUUUCCCAUAGUCACGAAAGCUUCCUUCUGAGGUCCUCGUUAGCUAUGAGUUUAGUGGCCUUAUUGUGACAGUGCCAUCAUGUCUUAUUCUUCCCUGUGAAGCCAGGAUCACCUUAACUGAGGACUCCUAGCUUAACCUGGUAGCUUAACCUAGCUCAGAUGCAGUGCUAAGCAUGCCCCCCACCUUCAGUCAGCGCUACAUAUUUGGACAGUAUAGGCUCACCUGAAAGUACUCUUGGCUCUAAGUUUUAGGAACUUACCCACACCUGGGUUCCUUGUCACACCUGUUUAACUGUUCAAACACACCUGCCUAACACACAAGAUUCCUAGACUGCUGUCGUGGUGAAGCACCUUGAGCCUGCUGAUAUUCAAGAGCACCAGCAUCUGCUGUCCCCUGUGCCCUCCUCUGAAAAGCAGGUCUUGCCUGGGCACUGCAGUGACCUAGAGCCCUGAAGCCGACUGUAGAGACGUCACUGUGACACUGUAACAGCAGUAGUAUGCUGAGUUUUGUGUGCACCUCCAAAUCAAUGUUAAGACCAUUGGUGUAAAAUAAAAGCAGCAGCAUUAACCAGCUCUGGAUUUCAGCUUUCAGGUCUCCCCAAGGCCAUUCUUUUGACUGAGAGGCUGUGUGUGAGGAAUGGGUGUGUGUUUGCGAGUGUAGGGAUAUGAAAAGCCUACAAGGGCAAAGCUGUCAGUGGCAGCAGUGCAUGAAGGUGUUUGCGUGUAAGUGUGAUUGCAGGUGGAUGUCUGGGUUCACAAGUGGUUGAGAGGUUUAGAGUAGGUCGGUGCUUUAGAUGUCACUUAUACUGGGCUUCCUGACACUUCCCCAUGAAUGUAUCUCCUCAGCUGGACUUUUCCAGCAACUCAGCAUUUCUACUGAUUUGACUGAAUCUGUAGCCUUUCUAAUAAGCAUGCCACCCUUGCUCCACUAGCAGCCAAACUAGACCUACUUGUCCGGUCCACUAAGCUCCUCAGGUAAAGCCCACCCAGUGGUGCCAAGGAGACUGGACUGGGGUUCCACACACCUGGCCCCGAGAGUGCUGCGGAGUCCUGCAGUUGAGGUUGAGCUCCUAGGGACUUCACUCUGGCUUCUCAAGGACUCUCUGGUACUUAAGAGUAUCUUCCCAAAGACCACAGAUGCUGUGAAGAUAGAUACCACAUCUGCACAUAUCCACAUCUGAUAAAAAGAAAUCAGUACACUAACAUUUCAUCUAACAUUUCUUAUACAUAAUGACCAUCCUAUUAACUCAACAAAAUGAUUCUCAUCCAAAUGCCACCAUCUUGCUAACUCCUUACAAGCAGUAGGCAUUGAGAGGUCAGGGAAUGAAUUUCUCUGGUGCCAGGAUCUCCUUUCUAACUAACUCAGCCCAUGUUUUCAAGGUUCAAGGAUCUAGAACUGUACUUCCUUACACUUAAAGAGCAGAAAGUAGAACCUCCCAUUGAGUUACACCUAAAGGUGGCAGGCCCCCUCCCAUCACAACACACGUUACUACGGAAGAAACUAACCAACUAAACAGAAGGAAGGGGGAUGCCUAGACUCAAGGUAAUUGAUCUUUAAGGUUCCUUCUAUCUCCAAGCAAGAGUCUACCACUUGGAGUCAAAGAAAUAGUUACCAAUACUUGUAUAGUACCUAUAUGUUCCACACACUGUCUUAAGCCCUUAACAUAUAUCAACUCAUGUGUUCCUCACAACAACCCUGUUGUUAUCUUACAAAUGAGGAAACAGGUACACCAAGGUUCAAUAACUUGCUCUGGGUCACCCAGCUGGUAAGUGAUGGAGCUUUGAACUCAAGCAGGGAAACAGCGGAGCUCAAGGCCUUAACUACUUUGCUGUAAUUUUAUUUAAUCUAGCAACAAGAUAGACUUUUAUUAAAGUUUGCAUGACAUAUCAAAAUAAGAGAUGUACACAAACAUUCUGCGUGUCCAUAUUCACCUUCUUCCUUCACCUUCUCUCUAUUCCCUGGCCUCAGGGAAAGGGCUGGGAGAAGAUUAGGGGACUUGUUACCAGUGUUGACCCCUUAUCCCAGAGCCAUAAGUAACAUACACAUGUAUCUUAUUCUGGUCAAAUAUAAUUCAGGUUCUUGAAAAAUUACUCAUUCUUCCACGUCAUGUCAGACCAAAAACCACAGCAGCUUAUUUAGAAAGUGAGUCAGCCUGAACUUCUGGGGCGACAAAAAG